AUGAUGAGUUUGAGAAACGUAAUUUUGAAAAACAAGGCGGUACCUAUGGCAAUGAGGCUACUAUGUACCCCACAACCUUGUAUGUCGCAUCUAGUUGCAAGCAGGUGGAACUCGACAACAUCAUCAUCAUCAUCAGCAAAGCAAAAAACCCUCAAACCGUCAUCAUUUGCAUUCCCCACUGAUCCACCGCCACCCCCACAACCAUCAGCAAAGAGGCAGCAAUCUCAAGAUACAGCUACAGUAACAAGACCCGAUUCAGACGAUUUCAAGGCCACAGUUUUAGUCCAUGGUCAAACUGACAAGUCAAUAGCCAUAACUGAUCGUGCAUGCUCCAAACUCCAAUCAAUCAAGCAAGAAAAUCCUUCUGACACAGCACUCCAGAUCCAAGUUGAAAGUGGUGGCUGUCAUGGAUUUCAAUACAAUUUACACUUGAUCAACCUAGAUCAGUAUCUUAAUGAGCAUAAACUGUCAUCUGAUGUGUUUGUAUUUGAACGAUUGGGGGCUCAUAUUGUUCUUGAUGAUUCAAGUUUAACGAUUUUGCAAGAGCUGAAGUUGGAUUAUACUAAGGAAUUGAUCGGGAGUCAGUUCAAGAUUGUUGAUUCGCCGUAUACUUCGACUGCUUGUGGAUGUGGAGCUUCUUUUGAUUUUGAUUUUGAUAAAUUGGAACAAAAUAAGAAGCAACGGGAGUAG